AAAAUGGGGAGUCUGAAGAGAAGUAUAUCAAGCUACCUUAGUUCUGAAAAAUCAAGAAAUGUGCAGUACAGGAGGAAUAUUUCCGUUCCAUGCCCGAUUAGUUAUAACGAAGCUGAAGACGAAGGUUUUGUCGAUGGUGAUGAAUGCGGUGUCCAAGGACAUGCAUUGGAUCAUAACGUUUUAGAAUGUCUUAUGGACGCUUACGGAGCGUUUACAGAAAUAUAUAAGGCGAUUGUAAUACCUAAUGAAAACUUUCAACCACGCCUAUCCGACGCUGAAAUUUUAUUAACAGAUCUUGCUUAUCUCGUAACGGACAGUAAACCAGACGCUUUGCAAACUGUCUAUGACAUUCUUAAAAGAAUAAAGCAAGCAUGUCCGAAUCUGCAACAGCAAAACAUGACCUUUGCAAUGAAGGCUAUCCAAAAUGCAAUCGCUAUUCUACAUGUAAACGAACGCGAUCAUUUGGAUAAUGACGUAAUGAGGACGCACUCGGAACGCGAUCAUUUGGAUAAUGACGUAAUGAUGACGCAGUCGAGAAACAUCAUGGCUGCAGUUAUGAUAAUAAAUAAAUACUUGAACAAUCUGAUACACCGAACAAACAGCGAGCAUAUUUUCUAUUAGAUAAACAUAUCCUGAAAUUAGACAUUUUACAAUAGCAA